AUGCGCCCAUUCUCAGAAUACUCACUACUCCUUUCAGGGGCAGUACUUCUGUUCUCUUCAGCAUCAGCCCAAACAGCCGCAUCGUCACAACAUCCACAGGAUGCAUUCACCGUAAGGGACACGGCGCCCAUCCUCAAGGCACCAGAGGCAUUCCACGAACAACUCGUCCUCAAGCCCUUGAACGAUGGGAGUGUUUACAGCCAUUUUCAAUUCACCACCCACAUCGGAACGAUGAUGGACGAGGAGCACUUUGAUGGCGCUGCAUCUAAUAUUUUUACACACUAUAACCUAUUCCCCCGCUCAAUCGGCCAAAUCCUGCACAGUUUCGAUGUCGAGGAGCUACACUUGACUUUCACGCAAGGACGGUGGCAAUAUAGUGAUUGGGGCUAUCCUCUUGCGCCCUCCGCAGGCACAGGUGUCGAACUGUGGGCAUGGCUGAACGAUGAGAAGCAGCAGACGGAUGCCAAUUGGAAAGGAUUGACGAACACACUCUCAGGAUUGUUUUGCGCAUCCCUUAACUUUAUUGACGACACCAUCAGCAUUGAGCCGAAACUGUCAUUCAGGAACGAGGGUCUUUACAACGUCCAUUCCAGGAGCAACUCUUCGUCCAGUGAAGUACCGAAGAAGUUGCGUUAUGGAUCGCUGCCACACGAGAACGUCUGCACGGAGAACUUGACACCGUGGAUUAAAUUGUUACCAUGCAAGAGCAAAGCUGGGAUCGCUACAUUACUCAAAUCGCACAAGCUGUUCGACACUCGGUUCUACUCCAUGGCCGUCCAUGUUCGGCUUGUUUGCGAGGAUGAGUUGUGCAAGGUCAAGAGUCUGGAGUUGACGCAGACCAUUACGACCGUGUUUGAUGUGGCGAGACAGAAUGGCAGCUACGACUGGUCGCUUUCAGGAUUGUUUGAACGCGAAAUUACCCAGGCUUGUCCUUUGGCUUCGACAUCUAGCGUCGUCAUGCAUCUUCCACAAACCACACAGUAUCCCAGCCAAUUCGAACUCACUCCAUACCCUGCCCAGGGUACGUAUACGAUUGGCUCAGGAGAGAACGUCCAGGAAAUUGCAGCCUAUGAUCUGAAGAAGGUUCUUGAGGAUGAGGCUUCAGCACCAUUCCAGCUCUCCUUGCGCUGGGAAAACUCGCGACCAAAGUCAGUUCGACCUAUUACGCCUGGUAUCGUGGCGCACAGGUACUUUACUGGAUUCGGUCAGGAGCGUGGAGGACUGGCCAUAGAGAUCCACAAUAACAAUAAGCAGGACAUAGAGGCAAUUUUGCUGGACACCUUGCCAUGGUAUCUGAAACUGUACCUGCACACCUUCAGCGUCGAGAUGAAUGGCGAAGCACUCAAGAACCAACGAGAUGUUGUGAAGAAGAUGUUUUAUCAGCAAGCUGUGGACAGAUCUAGACCGGCGGUCUUGGAGUUGGCUCUUAACUUGCCAGCACAAUCCAUGGUCAAAUUCAGUAUCUCGUUCGAUAAGGUGUUCUUGAAGUAUACGGAGCACCCCCCGGACGCAAACCGUGGAUUCGAUAUUGGAUAUGCCGUCGUCACAGUGCCGUUGCCACGGCAGCAGGGACAGAUCGGCUACGGCGGACUGGACCAUUUGAGGAUCUAUCAGGAGCGAGAAGCCAGCCUUGUGGAUAGUCGUCGUGCCGCCGGUGCAGCCAGUAAUGAGGACGAUAAGAACCAACCGGCAAAGGAUAAAAUCAGAGUGUAUACCGAGACACUGCUUGUGAGUCUUCCUACGCCGGACUUCUCGAUGCCGUACAAUGUAAUCACGCUGACAUGCACGGUCAUUGCACUGUUCUUUGGAUCGAUGUUCAACCUUAUGACACGCAACUUUGAGAUGGCAGAACCUGCUGAGGCCAACAAGGGCAGGGAUGUGAAGGGCAAAGAGAAGAGCGAGGCAUCCUAA